CCCUGCAGGCUAUUUUAAUAUUGUAUGAAAACUCUUAUCUAACCCGGGGCAGAAAGGACAUUGACACCACUUUAGCUUUCUAACAAGGUGACCUUUAGAAAGCACGUGGUCCAAAGCCCAAUUUACAAUUUUCGUCAAACAGCAAGAUGAGUGACUUUGAUGCGAUAGUUAUUGGAGCAGGAGUCCAGGGAUCUUACACGGCCUAUCAUCUCUCUAAAAAUAGCAGGACGCUGUUAAUAGAUCAGUUUGCCUUGCCUCAUUCCCGUGGAAGUUCUCAUGGGCAGUCGCGAAUUAUUCGGAAAGCUUAUCCCAAGGCUUGUUAUACACACAUGAUGACUGAAUGUUUCCAGCUCUGGAAGCAACUGGAAGCUGAGGCCAACAUUGAACUCUUCAGGCAAACAGGGUUAUUGCUUCUAGGCCAAGAAAAGGACCCAGAAUUUCAAGCCAUGAAGACAACAUUGAUUGACAGCAAAGUCCCUACGACAACAUUAUCAUCUGCAGAUUUUUCAAAGAGGUUCCCAGCUAUAAGUCUUCCUAAAAACGUUUCAGCCAUUCUCGAAGAAACAGCUGGGAUCUUGUAUGCGGAUGGAGUGUUGAGAACUCUGCAGGAUUUGUUCCGAAGAUAUGGAGGAACCAUUCAUGAUGGUGAGAAAGUUGUUGAAAUACAGCCUGGUAGAAUGGUUACCGUGACAACCACCAGAGGAAUUUACAGAACAAAAAAUCUGGUGAUUACUGCUGGACCUUGGACAAAUAAACUAUUGAACCUUGUGGGACUACAGCUUCCUCUGAAGACCCUGAGGAUUGUUGUUUGCUACUGGAAGGAGAAAGUCCCUGGAACGUACGGAAUUUCCAACAGGUUUCCGUGUUUUUUGAGGAUGAUCAACAGUUCAGUUCAACAUCAAUUCUAUGGACUUCCUUCUAAUGAAUAUCCAGGACUUGUGAAGGUAUGCUACCACAAUGGAAAUGAUGCUGACCCAGAUGAACGUGACAUCGCUUUUCGACUGCCUUCUCAGGAUGUAAACCUUCUUAGUGACUUCUUAUCUAAAGAGUUUCCCGGUUUGGAUCCCAAGCCUGCUGUUAUUGAAUACUGCAUGUACACAAGUACUCCGGACCUGGAUUUCAUUCUGGAUCAUCACCCCCAUCACAGGAACAUUAUUAUUGGAGCUGGAUUCUCAGGUCAUGGUUUCAAGUUUGCCCCAGUGGUUGGAAAAGUCCUCUCUGAGCUCUGUAUUGGGAAGAAACCAUCCUAUGAUCUUUCUCCUUUCAAAAUUGAUCGCUUCUCGUUAAAAUCUUUGCUUUAAGACAAUGAUAAAGAUUUGUAUAAUAAUUCUAAUGGAGAAAUUAUUUUAUCAAUAAAAAAAGUGCAAGGUAAAAUUUCAGAUCAGGAAAUAGAGUGUGUAUGUAAUUCUUUUCUGGAAAUCUCACAGAAGAAACAGUUACCUUAAAGAGGUUAAAUCAAAAUGGCUGGAAUUUAUACAGCAUUAUAAAUUAGAUAAUUGUGAGCUGAUUAUCAUUUAUUGGUAUUUUAUUGUUUGAAGAAAAAGGACAUGCAAGGUUGGCAUGGUGUAAGGCUUCCAUGUACCAUGUGUUGAUAAAAUUCACCAGCAGUCCACUGUGUAAGUCAGCCACUGUGUUUCAAAUAUUAGUUAGUUCAGCUACUCAUGUGGCCAAGUGGUUAAGGCAUUGGACUAGCGACCUGAAGGUCGUGAGUUCGAGCCCCAGCCAAGGCAACGUGUUGUGUCCUUGAGCAAGACACUUAAUCACACAUUGCUCUGCGAUGACACUGGUGCCAAGCUGUAUGGGUCCUAAUGCCCUUCCCUUGGACAACACUGGUGUUGUGGAGAGGGGAGACUUGCAGCAUGGGCAACUACUGGUCUUCCAUACAACCUUGCCCAGGCCUGCGCCCUGGAGAGUGAGGACUUUCCAGGUGCAGAUCCAUGGUCUCGCAAGACUAACGGAUGCCUUGACUUACUCAAAUGGAAUUUGUUUCUAUCAGUUAGUUUUUUAAAUUCAAUCUGGCAACAGUUAAUACAGUGUUGAGGUAAACAGUUCUAAUUCAUUGUAGUAGACAUACAAGCAAUUUAUAUUGUAUUUAGAGGAUGAACUUUUAUUCUGUUAAUUUAAACAAGCUAAUGUUACAGACACAAAAUUAGAAUUAGAUCUGAAAAGUUCCUUCGCAUUUGCAUAUUUUGAAUUGACCUCUAAGUUUCUUUUCUGUUGGCUCCACAUCUAGCAUCUUGUUAAUCUGACUUUUCUGGGGUGGCAUUACCUUAGCAUAAGGAUGAUUUGCCUUUUACACCAAUUCAGUGGGUGUCCGUGGCCAACAUGGAACCAUUGGUUUUGCUACAAAUGAAACACAAGAUUUUUGUUGGUAGGAGGGCUCUUUCUGCUGUUUAUAUGAAUGUCAGACUUGAAGUCCCAGUGCAUGGACUUGAGGUUCUUUGUGACAUACCAAAUAUCCCUUUGCCACCUAGAGCAAUUGAAUCGGUAGGGAUGUUGCAUGUUUUUUCAGGACUUCCUUGAGUUCUUUUUCCCUCUGUCCAUUUGAUAGUCUCUUAGAAACAUAGAAACAUAGAAAAUAGGUGCAGGAGUAGGCCAUUUGGCCCUUCGAGGCUGCAUCGCCAUUCAGUAUGAUCAUGGCUGAUCAUCCAACUCAGAACCCUGUACCAUCCUUCCCUCCAUACCCCCGAUCCCUUUAGCCACAAGGGCCAUAACUAACUUCCUCUUAAAUAUAGCCAAUGAACUGGCCUCAACUGUUUCCUGUGGCGGAGAAUUCCACAGAUUCACCACUCUCUGUGUGAAGAAGUUUUUCCUAAUCUCGGUCCUAAAAGGCUUCCCCUUUAUCCUCAAACUGUGACCCUUCGUUCUGGACUUCCCCAACAUCGGGAACAAUCUUCCUGCAUCUAGCGUGUCCAAUCCCCUUAGGAUUUUAUACGUUUCAAUAAGGUCCCCCCUCAAUCUUCUAAAUUCCAACGAGUAUAAGCCUAGUCGAUCCAGUCUUUCAUCAUAUGAAAGUCCUGUCAUCCCAGGAAUCAAUCUGGUGAACCUUCUUUGCACUCCCUCUAUGGCAAGAAUGUCUUACUGUGACAAGUCUCAGAAUAGUGUACCUGUUUAGGGAGGCUCAUUGUUGGUCAAGCAAGCAACAUCAUGUAGGAGCCAUGUAUCUAUUUUCUGUCUAUAUUGUACUUUGUGGCAUGUUUAUAAUGGUAAUCCAUCACAUGGAUUGAGGGUAUGGUAAAAGCAAAUGAGCACAGUUAUGUAUUCACGCUUUGUCUUAAUUUAGUCAAGUGAGGAAGGGGAGUUAAUUGCAAACUAAUGAUUUUUCUUGUUGACUGCUAAUUAUGCUAAUUUCACUUAGUUAUGGUAAUUACAUUAUUGUACUGCUUAGUAUCGCUAAUAUUGCUAUUAGACCGCUAAUUAGACUGUUAUACUGUUACUUUAGUUUUGUUUGUCUUACAUCACUGCAAAAUCAAUUGUCUUUGGCUUUGUAAUAAAUGAUCAAAUG